AACAACCUAUUCCAUGUUCUAUUUGUGUACUGCUUCCUAUGAUUCUCCUUCGUUUAUUGUUUUACUCUCUUCCCUUUUCUCCAUCUCCUAAAACCAAUCUCUCCUAUUCCACCAACAUUAACAUCACGUACCAUCCUUUUCUUUUUCCUUUUCCCCUUUCUUAUGCAGGUAUAGGCAUGCACAAUUCAAAUAAGUUAUAUUCAAUCGCACAAUUUCACACUUUUACAAAUCUUCACUAGAGAUGGAAGCCAAGUCAAUGCCAUCUUCCAAGGUUUGAGCCUCCAACUUUUCUCCAACUCAUUAACAAGAAGCACAUAUAUGGCUUUUAUGGGGGACUCUAUGGCCAGGAACCAAUUAGAGUCUCUUUUUUGCAUGUUAGCCACUGCUUCAACUCCCAACCUUGUCUACAACUACAAUAAAGGCAAGAAUAACCAGUUCAACCGGUGGCACUUUCCUUCAUACCAUGCAAGCAUAUAUCUACUUGUAUUGUUCGACGUACCUGUUAUACACGAAGGGACGUUAGGAGCAAAAACGAAGGAAUCAGAUACACAAGAGAUUGUCUUGUAAUAAGAUGACAAGUUCAAACACAUCCAAAUCCAAUGAUAUAACCCUCUCUCUUACCUCCAAAUUUCUUCCUUCUCUUUUCUAUGUUCUCCCACCUUUCGCUCUAAUUUGCUUUUGCUUUUACGCUCUCUACUUCACAUCAUCUCCAGCAAAUGACCUUCCCCUUUUCAACUCUGUCACCAACCCCGCUCUUCAAUUUCUGCUUCUACGUCUCCAGUUUAUGAGAAGCCAUGUGACUACUCCAAUGGCAAAUGGGUCCGUGAUAAGAGAGGCCCUUUGUAUAAUGGUACUACCUGUGCUAUGAUCAAAGAAAGCCAGAAUUGUAUCAUCAAUGGGAGGAAUGACACCAGCUACCUUUACUGGAGAUGGAAACCAAGUGAUUGUCAUCUUCCAAGGUUUGAACCAAACAUUUUUCUCCAACUCACUAAGAACAGGCAUGUAGCUUUUGUUGGAGACUCUCUAGCUAGGAACCAAAUAGAGUCCCUUCUUUGCAUGCUAGCCACUGUUUCAACACCAAAACGUGUCCAUCACAAAGGUUCCAAUAAGUGGCACUUUUCUUCUCAAAAUGCAAGUUUGUCCUUCUAUUGGUCCCCAUUUCUUGUGCAAGGUGUUCAAAGAUCAAGCACAGGUCCACCUCAUAAUAUAAUACAUUUGGAUCUUGUUAAUGAGAAGUGGGCUAAGGAGGUGGACCAAAUGGACUUACUUGUGCUAUCAUUUGGUAAUUGGCUUUUGGUUCCUUCAGUUUACUACGAGGGUGAUAAGGUUAUAGGUUGCUUAAACUGUACUGGUCUUAAUUACACUGAUAUUGGUUUUUAUGGUCCUUUCAGAAAGGCUUUAAGGACUACUCUUAAUAGCAUAAUUGAGAGGAUACAAGGUAAAGGAAAUGACAUCCAUGUAAUUGUGAGAACAUUCUCUCCUUCUCAUUUUGAAGGUGAUUGGGAUAAGGGUGGUACUUGUUCAAAGACUAAACCCUAUAGAAAGGGGAAGAUGCAACUUGGAGAAGUGGAUGCAGAAAUCAGAAAGAUUGAGAUGGAAGAAGUGGAAAAUUUUGCUAUGUCAAGAGCCAAACAACUAAGAGGGUUUAGGUUGGAGGCACUUGAUGUAACAGAAUUAGCAUUGUUGAGACCAGACGGGCAUCCUGGUGCUUAUAUGAAUCCUUUCCCAUUUGCAAAUGGGGUUCCAGAGAAUGUGCAGAAUGAUUGUGUUCAUUGGUGUUUGCCAGGACCUAUAGACACAUGGAAUGACAUUUUUCUAGAGAUGGUGAAAAGGUGGUCUUGAUCAGCCAAGGAGUGAAGAGUGAGGCAUUCCUCUUACCUUGUUACUUCAUUGCACCAAUUCUUCAGCCACUCAUGUUAUGUAUUGCAUGAGAGUAUUUUUGGUGUAUUAUUUAAUGCUGGUAGGAAAAGAUGCAGAAACAGUUUUUUUUUCUCUUCUUUUUUAAAUGAUGAGUAGAUUUUUUUUUAGUGUACACUUAUUUUUAGGAUAGUUAAUUAAAGAGUGAAGUUGGAAACAAAUUAUGGACACGAAAAGGUGGUAUUCUCUUUAGGUUAAAAUAUUAUUUUAAUUUUUAUAAUUUCAUUUAUUUUACUUUUUUUCUUAUAUUUUAACAUAAAUAUUUUUAGUCUAUAUUUAUUUUUCAAUC